ACCUAGCGAAUUUCCCUUCAUCUGUUUAAAAUUGGUCAUGUAAAAUUAGUCAACCGCAACUGCGUCUAGUAAAGGGAGUUGUAUCUACGGGAGUUUCCUUCUGAGCAAAGUUACAUGUGUUUUGCUGGAAGAAAUGAGUUCUUAGUGAUUGCAAAGACCCUGCUGUCGUCUGUACUGCAGAAAUGGACUGGACAGAGUUGAGACAGUGUCAUGACAUGUGAUGUUAGAAGAUGGAAAGCGAGGAAGCCGUGUAAAAUAUGCCAACAGCCAGCUAAGUUUUCCCAAGGCUUGACAAGAGAGUGGGUUGCCCAUGUGGGUGGCCAAGAGGAUGGAGGCCAUGAGGGCUGUGUGCCUGGCUUCCAGGUCAAACACUACCAGGUGGUGUACAGUGGACCUUUCCGGAAAGGCCAGCCACUUACACAAGUUGAGUUUGAUGACUGUGCAGGGAAUGAAGAUGUGACGUUUGAGGUGUCAGACCCCACUUUCCAGGUGGAUGGAGAUUUGAAUGUGGUUCCACAUGAGGACGUCCUGUAUAGUGGGCCAGUCCUCUUCAUCCACGGGACCAGUGCGCAUGCAGAUGACAUGGCAGAGGUGGAAAUCACCGGACAGCCCAACACUCUCAGGAAUAUCCUGGGUCUUGGCCAAACACUGCCAUACAGAUCUAAGAGAUCCCUCCUGGUCCCUCCUAUGAUCGUAACUGAGAACCAGAGAGCUCCCUUCCCCAGGCUCCUUGGCAAGGUGAUUUCAACAGAGAAGUCAGGGAACCAUAUCUUCCGACUGACAGGCCCCGGUGCUGACCAGGAUCCCAAAGGUCUCUUCAUCAUUGACAUAGACACAGGAGAGGUGUCAGUCAGCCGCUCGCUGGACCGGGAGGCCACUGACUCUUACCAGCUGGAAGUAUCAACCACUGACUUCGCUGGAAACCUUGUCGAUGGACCUGCAUUACUACUGAUCACUGUCAUCGACCAAAAUGACAACCGGCCCAUCUUCAAAGAGACACGUUACGCAGGAGAGGUGCUUGAGGGAUCCCCUACAGGAACCACAGUGAUGAGAAUGACGGCAUUUGAUGCAGACGACCCCGCCACAGAUAAUGCUGCGUUGCGCUACAACAUUGUCAGGCAGUCACCAGACAAACCAUCCCCGAACAUGUUCUACAUCGACGCAGAGAAAGGCGACAUUGUCACCGUCAUCUCCCCAACGUUACUCGACAGAGAGACGCUGCCAACCACGACAUAUGAGUUAGAGAUUGUGGCCAAGGACAUGGCAGGAAGUGAGGUGGGCCUAACGGGAACAGCCACAGCUACCAUUACCAUCACAGACAAGAAUGACCAUGCCCCAGAGUUCACACAUCCACUGUUUGAGGCAUAUGUGAACGAAGGCUCCACGGGGGUGGUGGUCAACCUGACAGUAGAUGACAGAGAUGAUCCAGCCACGGAGGCGUGGAGAGCUAUCUACUCUAUAAUUAAUGGAGAUCCUACACAGAGCUUUGAGAUCCAAACCAACCCAGACAAUAACGAGGGAAUGCUGUCAGUUGUCAAGCCUCUGGACUGCGAGGCCACAGCAUUACACAAACUACUCAUCAAAGUAGAGAACGAAGAUCCUCUCGUUCCUGAUGUUGGCUACGGCCCCAGCUCCACAGCCACCGUCCACGUCAAAGUCCUGGAUGUCAACGAGGGCCCUGUCUUCUACCCCGAUCCCCUGACAGUCACCAGGCUGGAAAACAUCCCUGUGGGCAGCUUUGUGGCCUCACUCAAUGCUACAGAUCCAGACAUAUCACAGAUACAGAGCAUCAGGUAUGCUGUUCUGCGAGACCCAGCAGGCUGGCUGAGUGUGAACCCAGUCAGAGGAACUGUCAACACUUCAGCCUCGCUGGACCGUGAGUCUCCUUAUGUCCAUGACAAUAAAUACACAGCCGUCUUCAUCGCCACAGAUAAUGGCAACCCUCCAGCCACAGGUACCGGCACAUUGGUCAUUCACCUGGAAGACUACAAUGACAAUGCCCCAUAUGUGGUCCCAUCAGUAGCACGAGUAUGUGAGGACGCCCAUGAUAUGAACGUGGUCAUAGUUGGGGGAAGGGACAAAGACCUACCACCCAACGGCGCACCCUUUAAGAUAGAACUGGGAAAACAGCCUGAUAUAGACAAGACAUGGAAAGUUACAAGGGUCAACUCCACACACUCCCAAAUCAUGCUUUUGCGCAGUCUGCAGAAAGCCAACUAUCAGCUUCCACUACUCAUCACCGACUCAGGGGUGCCCCCUUUGUCCAACAACACAGAGGUCAAAGUUCAGGUGUGUGUUUGUAAGAAGAACAGGAUGCACUGCAGCUCUGCCCACUACCACCGCGCCAGCCUUCUCGUGCUGCUCGCAACACUCCUGCUCGCCCUACUCUGCCUGUAGAUUGUGCUGAAACCUCCUGUAGUCCUUUUUGCAACACUGAAAAGCAACGACUUAUCUCCCCCACGCAACCCAGGCUUAGGAGAGAAGAACAAGAAGAUGAAAAAGAAGAAGAAACGAGAAGACGUCUUCUCACCACGACAAAUCAAACAAGAAAAAUACACACAAUCCCCACCGGCACAACUGCUGUAUAACACCACUCUGAGUGUUUUAAAAGGUUUUUCACUUAUCCUCUUGCCACUCUCGCCUGCUUCUCUUCAUCUUUACUUUCUGUGUUGCAUCCGUCCUUCCCCACUUCAGUCUUCUGUCAUCUCAUUUCUCCAUCCCUUUCCUGACUCAAUUUUGACUCUUUUUUCCUUUAUCUGCCCUUUCCUGUCUAUGCUCUCCUCUCUCAACCAUUCAUUAUUCCAUUUCUUUUUGUAAAGCUCUCAUUGUAUUCCAUUUUGGCAAGACACCGUUACACUGGCAGACAAACACUGGGUGUUAGCAGCAUUCAUGGCAACUUGCCACAUCCGUAGGAGAUACUUGAAACAACAUGUAUAUUGAUAUUGUAACAAAACAAAAGCUAUAAAUCUAUUUCAUAUUGGACCUCACCUUUAAACUCUGGUCUUUUCCCACAGUUCAUCUGAAACUUCUUACUCCAUCGUAAGCUGUCUUUUUCUCCUCCUUCCCUCUUUUUCCUGUCAUAGCUACCUCUAUUUCUCUGUUUUCUUUUCCCUUCUGCUCCAUCCUAACGCCCCACCUCCUUCCCUCUCAUGCAUAGACAUUGUCCCCACUAUCUAUCUGUCUCUCCUUCCCCGUCUAUUUGUCUGUCUAUCGACCGCUCCUCUGUCUCUCGGUGGGCCAGGGAACACUGCGAAGGCUGAGCUACUGUCCUGGUCGAGGAAGAGCAUUGACUUUUUGAUGUGUUCUUUUGUUUUCUCGUCACAGACUGUGUUUGAGCUUGUUUCCCUCUUUAAGUGGAAAGAACAAAGCCUGUUCUCUUUGUCUGCAGUGGUUGUGGUCUUUUAGGACAAGGUGGUAGCCAUAAGCCUUCAAAGUCAGAAACUCUCUGAAGUCUUUUCUUCGAUUUGCUUCUGUUUUUAUUGCAUUAGUUGUCAUGGAGUGGAAAACAGUAUAUCUUUAUAGUAACGGUGUAAACCUUAAAAAAAAAAAGUAUGAUUAUAUAAUAUUUUAUUUUUUACCAUUGUAUAAAUAUACAGUAUUGAUUAACUUAUGUACUUUGAUUGCAAGUUCUUUGGUCACCCACACAGUGAGUAAAUAAAAAAGAGGAAACCUUUUUUUCUGUGAAUUUUAGGCACUAUUUCUAAUGCUAUUGAUGUGUUGACUAUUUUAUUGUAACAUCUUUUUUGGGUUUUUUUUGUUUGGUUUCUUUUUUACUUUUAAAUCUGUGGUUAAUUGCGGAAUCAGGAGUCUUGUUUUGUUGACUGCCAUGUGUUUAGGUUCGGUUUUGUCUCCUGUCAGUUCUGCCCUCUCCCGUUCUCUCUCCGUGUCUCAUCACAAGUCACAAGAAGAUGUGUAAGAAGAAAACAAAGGCUGUGGUUUUGGUGGAUAGUUUCGCUUUUUUUCUCUUGCGCUCAUCAAAAGAACGUAGCGUGUGUGGGUUUGUGUGGAAGACCACCUUAAAGAAAAAGAUGACAUUUUGAAUGAGUUACGUCUGUCUUUUGCACUAAUUUAAUAAAGCCGUUACUGAAAAUUCCCACAACGCUGUUUUGCAAAUUGUGUGUUUACUGAAAUGCCAUUUGCGAUCUCUAGUAAAAGGAGUUGUGCGCGCAUUUACCACAGUUGUUACCAUGUGAGAGCGUCAUUUACAUCAUUGCAUUUUGCAUCGUAGUAGAGCCCAUUUAAAGGAAUAGUCUGACCAAAAAAAAAAAGUUCAUUUGCUGUCUUGCUGUGUGUUAGAUGAGAAAAUUGAUAUCAUUCUUGUAUUGGUCUGUUACUUGUAAAGGUACAAGUAGGAGAAGGUCAGGUUAGCUCAGCACAAUGGUGGCGAUAGGCUGGCUCUAUCCAAUGGUAAAAAAAAAAAAAAAAAAUUGCAUUAAAUCUUUAGUGUUGAUAAUAAGUGUUAAUUAGAGAGCUUUGGGUUUUUGAUAUCAAUCUUCCCAUAUAACACUAAAGCAAAUAAGCAUAUAUCUCUAAAUGUCAAACUAUUCCUUUAACAGAUUUUAAUAUUCAAACCUCCAUAAAUUACACAACAUCUGGAGGCUGGUUACCAGGUUGAUUUGUUUUGGUCAAUCAGCCAGUGAUUAGAUGUAACAUAACUUUAUCGGUUGUAAUGUUUUUGUACUGCAUUGCCUGUGAUCAUCUAGCAAUUAAACAAUGCCAUCUGUGUUUUCUUCUUGGAUUUUCAGUUGGUGACACUGAAUUUUCUUUUAUUAAAGCUGCAAUAAUUAUUCUUUUUA